AUGGGCGAAUCUUUAGCAGUAGAACAAAUUGGAACUUUGAAAGCGGCAUAUGAUAAAAGGAAACUACGACGAAAACCACCGCCUGAAGGCAAAGAAUAUUUCUCUAAUGUAAAUUUACAUUUUGAUAUAUGUGCUGAGAUUGCUUUAUUCUUUCAAAAAUUUAUUGAUUUUUAUCUUUUAAGCCAAUACGAUAUCACUAAUUUGAAAGUUGAUGCUAUUGUAAAUGCGGCAAAUGAAUCACUCCUAGGAGGUGGUGGCGUUGACGGUGCUAUUCACAGAGCAGCUGGGCCUGGUUUGAGACGUGAAUGUUUGACGCUUGGUGGCUGUGAUACUGGUGAUGCUAAGAUCACUAAAGGUUAUGAUUUGCCGUGUAAACACGUGAUACAUACGGUAGGCCCUAUUGGAGAGGACCCGAAAGCUCUUCGUCGUUGUUAUCAAAGAUGUAUGGAAAUCUUUCAUGAAUAUAAGCUCAGGACUAUUGCUUUUUCAAAUAUAAGCACAGGAAUUUAUGGUUAUCCAAGGGGUUCAGCAGGCAGAGUGGCGCUAGACACUAUCAGACGUUGGCUCGAAAACCAAGAAAGUCUCGAGAAUAUUGAUCGAAUUAUCUUCUGUGUAUUUGAAAAUGAAAAUAAAUUUGUUUACGAGGAAUUAUUGCCGCACUUUUUCCCGCCUCCUGAUCAAACUCCGGAAGAAAUCGAAGAGGCAAAAACCGAAGAAAAGGCAAAAGCCGAAAGAGAAAAGGUAAAAGCUGAAGAAGAAAAGGCAAAGGCUGAAAAAGAAAAGACAAGAGCCGAAGAAGAAAGAGCAAAAGCUAAACAAGAAAAGGAAAAAAGUCAAAACGAUGAUGAGAAAGUUGACACGACGGAAAAUAUAGAUACUAAAGAAAAAGUCGAGAAUGAAAGUAUGGAAAUUAAAGAUGAAGAAGAAAAGAAAGUAAAUAUGGAAACCAAAGAAAAUGAUAAAGAAGGGGAGAAACCAAGUACGGAAAUUAACGAAAACGAUGAGAAGAAACCUAGUACGGAAAUUAACGAAAACGAUAAAAAGGAGGAGAAGCAUAAUGCAGAAAUUAAUGAAAACGACAAUGUGGAGGAUAUGGAAAUUAUAGAGAAGCAAAGUACGGAAAGCGAUAUUAAAGAUGAAGUGAAAGAAGGUGCGAAAACUAAUGAAACAGUUGAAGGUGAAGUGAGGGAAACUAAAGAAAAAGAUCCUAAAGAUCAAGAGAAGGAAGGUGCGAACAUUAAUGAAAAAAAAGAAGGUGCGGAGAUUAAAGAAAAGGCUCUUGAAGAUGAAGAGAAAGAAGAGACGGAAAAUAUUGAAAAUUCCAAGAUAGAAAAUCAAGAUACAACAAUGGGUGUUGGCACUAAAGAAACCGAAGCGAGUCCAGAUGACAUGGACAUCGAUCAACCAGAUGAAACGAAGCUUUGA